AAAAAAUAUUUUGUGAGUCAUUUUGGUGUUUACGUUGUUUGAUAAUGUAGAAUACUUAAAUAUAUGUCUGUCGAAUUUAUCUGUCAAAUUCCACUUCCAUUCGUGAUAAAAUCUUUACUAUCAAUUUCAUUUAAGCAACACAAUAAAAUUCAAUUAUCAGUUGUGAUUAUGACUUUGGCAUGAUGAGGUCGUUAAAUAAAUUUCUGUGGGUACUUUUAGUAUUUUUUUAUAUUCAAACGAUAAAUUUAACUGUUUUAAGAUUAAAAAGUCCAUUACUUACAUCAAAUGAGAAUAUUGAUCAAGCUUAUAAUGAUCUGUUAAAAGAAAAUCUUCACAAUCUCGAUUUUCGUUUACCAAAAAAUUUCAUUCCUUUGUCGUAUACAAUAGUUUUAAAUCCAAUUUUGGAUGAGGUUCAAAAUUUUACAUUCAUUGGUAAUGUUACCAUUUUAACCCGUGUUGAAAAAUUAACGGAUGAAUUAAUUUUACAUCAUGGAAAAAGCAUUGCUAUUAAUUCAAUUGUUCUUACAAAUAAUAAUGCCGGGGCUUUGGAUAUACGAGGAGACAAUUAUUAUGAAAAAACAGAAAAACAUGUAUAUAUACUAAAUAACUAUCUGCCUGAAAAAUCUAUAACUGAAAUAAAAAUAAAUUAUAGUGGAAUUUUACGUGAUGACAUGAUUGGUUUUUACAAAAGUUCAUAUCUUAAUGGACCUGGUAAAGUCAAAUGGCUAGCCGCAACUCAAUUUCAAGCAACUCAUGCAAGGCAUGCUUUUCCAUGCUUCGACGAACCGAGUUUGAAAGCUAAUUUUACUAUCGUUAUUAUACGACCUCAAUCAUUUACUAGUUUAAGUAAUAUGCCGCUAAAAAAAACUGUUGCAAUCGGUGAUAGAUUGGAAUCUGAUAUUUACAUUAGUAGUGUACAAAUGUCGACUUAUCUAGUAGCAUUUGUUGUGUCUGAUUUCAAAUUCAAUGAAGACAAAAAAAAUAAUUUUAAAAUCUGGGCACAACCUAUAGCUAUCAAUUUAACUGACUAUGCAUUACAAAUUGGUUCUAAAGCACUGGAUUAUUUGAGUUAUUUAUUUAAUGAAAGUUAUCAAUUACCAAAAAUGGAUAUGAUAGCAGUGCCAGAUUUUUCUGCUGGAGCAAUGGAAAACUGGGGCCUUAUAACUUAUCGAGAAACUCACUUACUGUAUGAUAAAAAUGAAUCUUCAGACAUUAAUAAACAAAGAAUUGCCUCUACAAUUGUUCAUGAGUGUACUCACAUGUGGUUCGGAAAUUUAGUUACUCCAGAAUGGUGGGGCUAUUUGUGGUUAAGUGAAGCAUUUGCGUAUUAUUACCAAUAUUUUGCUACAUCUCAGAUUGAGCCAAGUUGGAAAAUGGAUCAGCAAUAUAUUGUAGAUCAACUUCAACCAGUGCUUCAAGAUGAUGGACUAAGUUCAUCAAAACCAAUGACACGGGAAGUAAGCUCUUCAGCGGAAAUCGGUACAACAGGUAAUACAAUUACGUAUUCAAAAGGUGGAAGUAUUUUACGAAUGAUGGAACUUACUUUCGGCUCAAACAUUUUCAACUCUGCUAUUCGAGAUUAUCUCAAAACAAAGAAAUAUCAAUCGGCUACCCCGGAUGAUCUUUGGAACUCAUUUCAACGUAAAAUUAAUUUAACUAAUGAGAAAUAUCUUUCAUCUAUUAAAACCUUAAUGGAUCCUUGGACACGCCAAGCAGGUUAUCCUGUAGUAACAGUUACUAUGGAAAAUGGAUUCGCUAAAUUACAGCAGGAACGAUUUCUCCUCAGAGAAAAUUUUGAAUCAGCGUCUAAAACCGUUACUUGGUGGAUUCCUGUAACGUGGACAACAGAUACGGAAAAAGAUUUUCAAUCAACUUCAUCGAAACAUUGGUUUAAUACGAAAAAUUACGAAAUUAAGUUGAAUGCUGAUAAGUGGGUUAUUUUCAACAUUCAACAAUCUGGUGUUUAUCGCGUAAAUUAUGAUCACCAGUCAUGGUAUCAUAUUAUAAAUCUAUUAAACAGUGACUCGUUUGAAGAAAUACACGUGAUAAAUCGUGCUGCUAUCAUUGAUGAUUUGUUAAAUCUCGCUCGAGCUGGCCUUGUUCCUUAUACUAUCGCUUUUGAUGGACUCAAAUAUAUAACAAGAGAAACUCAAUAUUUACCUUUUAAAUCAGCUCUGGCUGGGCUUGAUUAUUUACACAAACGUUUCGAUGGCCGGGCAGAUUAUGAACUGUUUGCUAACUUUAUUUUGAAAUUAAUAUCACCUAUGUAUCUACAUUUGGGAUUUGAAGAUAAAGCUACUGAUGAUCGAUUAACAAUUCUUUUAAGAUCAGAAUUAAAUUAUUGGGCUUGCAAACUCAACCAUACAACAUGUAUCGAAAAAUCAUUAAAGUAUUUUAGAGAUUGGAUGAAAGAUUCUACAAAGACAAUUCCUAAAAAUUUGAAAAGUGUAGUUUACUGUACUGCCGCACGAUUUAAUUCAACUACCGCAGAUGAUGGUGCAAGUGCUGUAUACAAUGCACUAGCUGGAAUACUACAUCACUUUACAACAGAUACUUUAACAGUUUUGGCUGCACAAGCUUGUACACAGCAUAAAGAAAUCUUAAAAUUAUUACUGCAAAGAACACUCGGAGGAUUUGAAAAAAGCGGUGUUCGGAAACAAGACGGAAUUUAUUUUUUCCAAUUCGUCGCAAAGUGUAGUCUAACUGGUGCAGAAUACAUUCUAGAAUUCAUUACUGAAAAUUAUGCAGAGAUGCUGAAGUAUUUCGGUGAUGACAGUUCUAUUGUUAGUAUAAUAUCGACCGCAUCUCAACAUUUUUCAACACCAAGUCUCGUAAAGAAAUUAGAAAUCUUCAUCACAAAUAACAGUAAAAUUUUAGAAUCUACUGUUACUGAUUCACUGAAGUCGUCUUUAAGACUUUUGCAGUUUGAACUCGAUUUUUACGAAAAACAUUCUGCGAGCAUUCUUUCAUGGAUUACAGCAUAUCAUGGAGAAAAUAACGAAGAAAAUGUAACAGUCUCGAACGAAUACCGGCUUCCUACAAAUAUCGUUCCCAAACAUUACAAAAUUAAGUUAACUCCAUUCAUUGUACCCAAAAAUUUCACUUUUGAAGGUCGCGUUGAAAUACUAGCUAUUAUUGUGAAUACUACUAAUAAAAUAAUUCUUCAUAUUGAUGAUAUUCAAUACAAUGCCGUUACUUUGAAUGUCGAUGGCAAGCAUAUUAAAACCAAAGCAAUAACACCCGAUAAAAAACAUCAUUUCAUAAGUAUUACUACAUUUGAGCAAAUGGUUGAAGGAUCUGAAUUAAAUAUUACAAUCGAAUAUAUUGGAAAUCUAAAUAAUCGAAUGCGGGGUUUCUAUCGAAGUUCUUAUAUAGAUGAUUUCAACAAAACAAAAUGGUUAGUGGCUACUCAUUUAGAACCUGUUGGAGCCAGAAGAGUAUUUCCUUGUUUCGAUGAACCCGGGUUAAAAGCUACUUUUCAAUUGAGCGUUAGUCGGUCAGCAGAUUACAAAGCUAUAAGUAAUACCUUAUUAAAAUCAACAAUUAGAGAAGGUGAUCGAUAUUUAGACAUUUUUGAGACAACUCCGAAAAUGUCGACUUAUCUACUAGCUCUCGUUAUCUCAGACUUCGGUCAAGCUAGCCACGAUUUGAAUUAUUCUGUGUGGGCUCGACCGAACGCUAUUGUUCAAGCCGAUUAUGCAUCUUCCAUAAUGAAACCGAUUGUCAAUUUCUUCGAAAAAUCUCUCGGUCAUCCUUAUCAAUUGCCUAAAUUAGAUAUGAUAGCUUUGCCAGAUUUUGCAGGCGCGAUGGAAAACUGGGGCCUUAUUACGUAUCGAGAAACUAAAAUGCUUUAUCAUCCUAAUUAUUCUCCGAUUGUAUCAAAACAAGCCAUUGCUAAUCUAAUUUCUCAUGAAAUUUCUCAUCAGUGGUUUGGAAAUUUAGUUAGUCCUCAAUGGUGGAAUUAUGUUUGGCUCAGUGAAGGAUUUGCCCAAUAUUAUCAAUAUCAUGCUACAGCAAAAGUUGAAACAGAAUGGGAUCUAGAGUCGCAGUUUGUUGUUGACCAACUUGAACCAUCAUUUGCCGUAGAUGGUUUACUUUCAAGUCAUCCAAUGUCUCAUAAUGUCAAUAGCCCAUCCGAAAUAAGGAGUAUUUUUGAUACAAUAUCGUAUUUAAAAGCGGGAAGUGUUUUACGUAUGAUCGAAAAAGUUUUUGGAACCCAAGUAUUUUACGCAGCAAUCAAUGAUUAUUUAAAUAUGAGGAACUAUUCAAAUGCGAUACCAGAUCACUUAGUUACAGCUUUUCAAAAACAAACAGACAAAUUAAAUAUGAAACUGGAUGUUAAAACUAUUAUGGAUUCUUGGACUACUCAAGCAGGAUUUCCAGUACUUGAUGUUAAAAUUGAUAAAGAAACUGUUGCAUUUUCACAAGAACGAUUUUUACUGCAAAAGCCUAAUGGGUUUUCUGUGAAAAAACUUUGGUGGAUUCCUAUUACUUGGACAUCAAAUUUGGCACCAGAUUUUUCUACUACAACUCCUAAGUAUUGGUUGAAUAAAACUGUAGAUUCCAUUAAAAUCAAUAAUGCUUCUGACAGCGAAUGGAUUAUUUUUAAUGUUCAACAAGCUGGGUAUUAUCGAGUUAAUUAUGACAAAUUGUCAUGGUCUCGUAUUACACGAGUUUUAAAAAGUAAAGAGUUUGAAAAGAUUCAUAAAAUCAAUCGUGCUUCAUUACUUGAUGAUGUACUCAAUCUCGCUCGUGCUGGAUACAUUAAAUAUUCUAUUGCCUUAAAUGUAACUCAAUAUUUAUCUCAAGAAGUCAAUUAUAUUCCGUGGAAAGCUGCUUUUAAUGGUCUUUCUUAUUUGAAUACAAAAUUCGCCGGCAAUGAUAUUUACAACUUAUUUCAAACUCAUGUUUUAACAAUACUGGAACCAAUUUACAAAAAAUUGAAUUUCAAUGAAUCUAAAGACGAAACUCAUUACAAUAAAAUUUUAAGACGAUACGUAGUCAAUUGGGCAUGUGAAUUUGGCAUAAAAAAUUGCAUUAAUAACUCUAUAAUCUUAUUUGCUGCAUGGAAAUCAAAUGAAUCGAAAUUAGUUCCCGUAAAUCUUCGAAAUACAAUAUUUUGCACUGCAAUAAAAUAUGGCAGUCAUGAUGAUUGGGAAUUUUUGUGGGAUACAUAUCAAAAAGAAAAGUUUGUACAUGAAAAACUAGUUAUUAUUAAUGCCCUUGGAUGUUCUAAAAAUGUAUCACAGUUGAAUAAAUUAUUACUCAGUGCCAUAACUGAUAAUUCGGGAAUUCGGUUUCAAGAUAGUUCGACUGUUUUUGCGGCUGUUUAUGAUUUGGGAUUAUUUGGAGCUGAAGUAGCUCUAAAUUUUGUCGCUCAAUAUCACGACGUUAUGUUCAAAUAUGUGAGAUGUAAUAGUUCCAUUUUUUAUAUUAAGAUUCAUCAGUGAAUGCCCAUACUGUAAAUCUUCUCGAACCACUCGAAAUGUUUUCUUAUUUGAUACUUUAUUUUUUACACAACGGCUAAACUGUAAUUUUUACAGUUUUAAAGAGGAAUAAAUGAGUUUUAAAGAAACAAACGUUCUGUGAGCAAAAGGAUAAAAUUUAAAAAUUACAGUAUACAUCCUAGCUUUUGUAAUUUUUAAUAUGACGAGCUGGUUUUUACAUUUAAUUCUGUAACUAUUCCAGUUUUCUUUUUUCCGUGUGAGUACCCGUACAAAAAAAAGAAUCAGCCCCUUUUUGGGUUGUGAAUGCUGCCUAUUUUCAAGCAUCGACCGAAGAUCAGCUAAAUAUCGGAUGAUAACUAAAUGCGAAGCAUGGCAGUCGCAAGCAUUAGCCAAUCGUGGCAACAAGAGAGUGAAAUUUAAGCUAAAAAAUUAAAUAUUAUCUGAGACUACUAGUGAUAAUUAUUUAUUAUGUGAUUCAUUUGAAAUCAAUUUACAUUAUAAUUUAAAUAUGGUUAAUGAAGGAUUUACAAAAAGCAACUUCGCAAAAUCCACCGAAAGUGGAUUCGGUAAAAUAUUUUUUUUUUAUAUUGUCAAAAGCCAUUUUUCCGCACUUUUGAAGAAAUUAUUAUCUGUAAUUUUACGAAGUAUAACCUAUAUUGUUAAACAGCUGUAUAUUUUUUGGUAUUUGUUUACAAGUGGAGGCCACCCUAUUUUGGGUAGGGAUGGCGAUUCUUUUCGAAAAAGAUCGAUUUUUAAAUCGAUUCGAAUCGUGACCUAAUGAAUCGAUUCAAAAAAAAAUCGAGGUCUAUAAGAUCGAUUUCCAAAAAAUCGAUCUUUUUUUCAAGUUUUCGUUUAUAAUGUAAUAUUUUAUUAAAAACAAGGUACGUAUUAUAAUUUAACGAUCUCUAACGAUCAGUAAAAUCAGGUAAUUCGAUAAUAAAAAAUAUUUUCAUUACCAUGUCAAACUAACAGAUAAAGUAUAAAAUAAGACAUUUAUUUUCUACAUUUAGAAAUUUUACAGAGUUAAGAAAAUGGUUAAGAAAAAUCGUUUACAAAGUUAAUAGAUAAUGUAGCUUAUAGUUCCCAAUGCUUAAUAUCUACACUUUUUAAAAACAACAGUCUAUCAAGUCUACAGGGAUCCAAGCAAUUUCGCUCAUCUGUUGGGAUAUUUCCGGCAAUUGAGAAAAGGCGCUCACAAGGAACAGAUGAUCCUACGAUACUCACAUACAUCAUGGCUAUUGAGUGAACUUGGUGAUAAAUAGAGUUUUUUUGUUCUUGCCAGUAGAGUGUAGGAUCAUAAUUUAGGUGCACAACUGCCUGCGAUAAAUAGUGUUUAAAUUCUCCAUUUGAGCCUUCACUUUCCUGUGCAUAUGCAGUAUAUAAAGAGAGUUGCUUUUUCACAAGCAACUUAUGAAAAUCCCAAAUUUAAAAAGUAUGCACACUUCCUUAAGGAAUUCCACAUAUGACUCACUUAUUAGUUAUUUCAAUGCCCAAUAUUGAUUAUUCGUAUCUAAACGUAAAUGAAUUACAUACAUGGUUAGAUUUAAUGAUCACAACUGCGGAACAAAAAGAAGUGAAGAGUUGUCCAGACGACGAAAACCAACGGACGCAAACUUAGCAUCAUCAAGAUUACCAAUUGAAAUUCCUGGGUGACGAGAGAGAGAGAGUGCAGACCAGCGGAGAGAAACUUAGAGGAGGCGACGAGACCACUUGAUACCUUCUCAUCGUGACUGUUGGAGUUUCCUCGAGAAUAGUUUUUGGCCACCCUGAUAGCCAAGUUGGCGAGAAACUGACGAGAAACUUGCAGCCACAACUGGAGGCUUGCUGAAGCUGGCCCCCAUCAAUUUUGACUUUCACAGUAAGAAUUUUCAUUGACAUUGUUAUUAUCAUUACACUUAUUUGGAAUUUCGUGAGCAACAUUUGUUUAUGUGACUUUAUUGAAAUUGGAUUAGAAUAUAGUUGAGAAUCAUUUAUUAAACUACUAAACAGAAGAAGUAUUUUUUUCAGUACAAAGUUUAAAUUGUCUUUUCAUCAAGUAAACAUGGAUUUACUUAAUUUUAUUCAGCGGUUAUCUACUUGUCGACAGGAAUCAAAGUUACUGAAUGUAUUUUUUCACCGGUUUCAGUUUAAAACGAAGUUGAAAAUUAUUUAUUUAUACUAUUCGAUGUUACAAAUAACCUGAUUCAAUACAUAAUGUGUUUUAUGAAUAUAUUCUAUGAUUUAAUGAUGCCGCCAUCAUCAGCUGUAUCUGUACAAUUAGCAGUUAAAGUCUUGAAAAAAUAUAUUCACCAUUUUAUUACUGAUGAACUACCCAAAUGGUCUUCGCCAGUUUGGAAAGAGAUAAGUAAUGACCCGGACUUGGGAGGAAAAUGGACCAUUCAUGCCGUACGGACAAAUGUAAGAGAAGACAGAAGACAAAUUUUGUCAAUUGCUCAAAAAGAAUGCGGAAUUUCAAUUAAAAAAAAAAAAAAAACACGAUUCAAGUUUUAAGGAAGACAGUUUAGAAAUCUCAAAUAAUUGUUCGGUCGAUAGUGAUAAUGAUUGUACUAAUAAUGAUAAAGAAAACAAUGAUUUGGAUCUUGCAAAUGAAGAUGAUGAAGAUGAGCGUCAAAAUUUUGAUGUCGUAAUUUCUCAAAAAUUAUGGAGUGCAAUGAAACUAAAAAAUCCUUUAAUUUAUAAAGGCCGUAAAUAUCCUGGAUUUGAACCCCGUGUAUGGUCUAACAUCGUUUCAUUCGCUUUUUGGAAACAAUAUCAUCUCAAAAAAUGCUUUUGUACUCAAACGAGCUAGAAUCAAUGAAAACGGCAUUAAUUAUGCGACAAUUAAAGGUCAUUGCAAAUCCCGUACUUGUAGAAAUCCUUUUGUAGGGAUUAUCAAAACCCCUUCUGAUGACCAGAACCCCGUUUACAUAUCAAUGAAAUGUCUUGAUACAAGAUUUACCAAGCAUGACGACGUCAAGCGUCCAUUAAAUGGCACAUUAAGAACAGAAAUCCAAGAAGAAUUAUUACAAAUAGGCUGUUCUGCGUGGCGAAAAAAACAAGCCAAAGACAUUUUGGAACCUGGAGAUACUGGUUCACCAUUCUUAUAUGACCCAAAUACACUUCAUCAAUUAAAAAAAGAAGCUUCCGAUAAAAAACUUGGAAUCAAACCUGAUGAUAUACGCGACGUUAUACUUGCUAUUCGUAAAUUGAAUGUGGAACCAGAAUAUGUCAAUUCUAUUUUAGCAAUCGGUGAUUUACCAUUUUAUGUGUUUUAUGCCACACGUACUCAUCGCCAAUAUUCAUCUACAUAUAUUGAUGCGACUGGUCGUGUAGUUAAAAAAUUAACCGAUUUUAGAACUAAAAAAACUGGCCACAUAUUUUUAUAUCAAAUUGUUAUAAAUUUUGAUGGAAAUUCAAUUUCAGUUUACCAAAUGUUGUCCGAAAGUCGUGCUUGCAGACUUUGUUAGUAUUGGGAAUCAGUCAAAAGAAGAUGGUCAAAAUGAAGUUAGUUCCAUUGAUUCCGUCAAAAUUGACGAUGAAACCAAUAAUUUAGAUAUAUCAUCAAAUCACUAUAUGCAAAAUGAUUCUAUUCAAUCAGUAGAAAAAAAUGAUAAUUUAUCAAUUACCGAAAAAAAUCAAAACGACAUUGCCACCAGCUCGCCUUAUCAUUCUUCUAUUGCACCGAUAAACAAAAAUAGUUUAUCUGCUGUUAUUGAGAAAAUGUACAAAGAUAAAUUUAAUAAUAAACAAGCAGGCCAUUAUUUUCAAAAUUUUCCAGAAGUGAGAUUGCGAAAUGAUUUAGUAAAUAUAAAAAUAAGUAAAACUUUUUUAUUACGUAACGGCAAUUUAACUGGUCCAGUGCAAUUUCAAAAUGAAGUAUGGAUUGUAUAUAAUACUUGUCCAUUUGACACUAUCAUUCAGAUGCUAUUUACUGGUGCAUUAGAAAAUACUGAUUUUCGCAGAUUUAUUUCAGAAUCAGAGCUUCCGAUUUUUAAAUUUUUAAUUAAUUUUAUGGCCAAAGGACCAACAAAAGAUAUUCAUCAGCAGCGUAUGGCUAUAUUACAUCCUAUAUAUAAAGCUGAUGAUUUGAAAAAUGAUCAAUUGAAAAAAGGAAACUUAAAAAAAGUUGAAAUAUCACGUGCAAUUAAUUGUUAUGAUAAUAUUAGUAACCUGUGGAAAACAUUAUUUACAAAUGCACCUAGUAUACUUGAGUAUACCUCAUGUUCAAACCCUUGUUGUCAAGCAUACACAACAGCUUUCCCUGUUCUUGCUAUUAAUCACAACGUAAUUGUUAGAAAUGGAUUUGGUGCACUGUAAAAAUCACUAAACUUUCACAAUAAAAUUUACAAUAUUUCUUGUAAACUUUGCUCUUUUGGAAAACAAGCUCGUAUGGUUAUUCCUAAGGAAUAUUUAUAUAUAGAAUUGGAUAUCCGUGGAAAUGUUGAGGAAACUCAUGGACGAACGUGUAAAUUAAAUCAACUCCCAACUACUCUCAACUUAAUGGUUGAAAAUGAAGUUGGAAAUGAAAUUAAUCUAUGCUACCGGUAUUAUUUUAUAUUUUUUAUAUUAUUUGAUUACUAUAAACAAUAAUAACUAAUUUUAAAUCACCAAAUUGGCCACUAUUUUGCUUACUGUUGAAAACUAUGUGGUAAUUGGCAAAAGUGCAAUGAUUUGUCAGGAAAUCCUGAAUUAGCUAGUCCCAAAAUUGAUCUUGAACCUCACGGAAUUUCUUACAUAUUAGAGAGAAAAUAAUAAUUAUAGUAUCAUUUAUAUUUAUAUGUUUACAAACGAUUCUUCCAAAUAUUAUAUUUGAAUAAAACCUUAUAGUUAAAUAAUUUUAUAUUUGUAUGAAAUAAAAAAAUAUGCAGUGUUAAAGAUUGAAUAUUAAAUAUAAAUUUAAAAAUUACUUGAAUUUUGUAUGUAUUUUUAUUCUCCUAAUAAUAUAAAUAUGUCAAUUAAGUCAAAUUAUAUUCUGUAAAAAAAAACUAUUUUGCUUUAAAGUAUUAAAUACAUUUAAGUAAAACUAAAAAAUAACGGUCAAUAAUUUUUAAUAUUCUUAUUUGAAACAUUUAUAAUUAGUGAAUUUCCAUGUGCAUUCCGCAUUUUCUCAAAAGUUCACAUUUUCAAAUGACCCACUCUCAAUUGAUUAUCAGUUGAGUAGAGCUCCACUCAUCUAGUCUCUCCUUAUUAACUGAUCUAAUUCAUUUAAAUUUCAGUCGCUUGCCUAUUCAUCCUGGCCUAUUCAAAUCAUUUAUCGGUUAUUUGUU